AUGGGGAAGUCAUGGAUUACGCCGUUUAAAAAACAGUGUUUUGUUACCCUGGGUGUAUCCCUAAACCUAUCAUCUCAUGGAUUAACAAUGGGCUUUGCAGCCAUUGCGCUGCCUCAGUUACGACAGCCGGACUCCAUCAUACCAAUCGACGAUGUUACCGGAUCUUGGAUAUCCGCUAUCCUGGGCUUCGCUCUGAUCUUCGGAAACUUUAUUAUUCCAACGGUGAUGGCGAAAAAUGGCCGCCGAACAGCCAAUAUUCUCAGCAUUAUCACCAUGCUUAUAGGAUGGUUCUGCGUUAUUCUUGCCACUGAUAUCAAAGUCUUUCUUGUUGGAAGAUUCCUAAAAGGAACCGCAAUGGGAAUGACAGCAUCUUUGGGUCCAGUUCUCAUCGGAGAGUACACCAGCCCUAAAAACAGAGGAGCAUUUUUAACAACUAUUUCCCUGUCGAUUGCUGUUGGAGUUCUAUUCGCUCACACGUUAGGAGCAUUCUUCUACUGGCAAACCGCAGCCCUAGUCAUUGCGUUCGUCAUGUUUCUCGACUUACUGAUAAUUUUAUACUCCCCAGAAACGCCAGCCUGGCUCUCUGAUCAGGGACGAUAUGAAGAAAGUAGAAAAGUAUUCAGAUGGCUGCGAGGAGACGGUGAAGAAGAAGAAUUGAAACGUAUGAUUGAAACCAGUAUGAUCGUCAGAGAGGCUAAGACUGAAGUGGUUAUAGAAGAAAGCUUUUCAAAAAGGCUGAAAGCGAAUAUUGCAUUCUUCAACACAACGAUACAGAAAAGGGAAUUUUAUAAGCCAAUUUUCAUAAUGAUCCACAUGUAUACAUUAAGCCAGUGGGCCGGGGCGAACAUAUUGGCUGCAUACACUCUGGAUGUCUUUACACUUGUAAUUGGCACAGAUGUUAAUAUAUACUUAAUGGUCAUAACGUUGGGAGCCCAAAGAAUCAUCUCCAACGGGAUUGCAGUGUGGGUGAUCAAGAAAGUUAAAAGAAGAACCAUGCUGUUUGCAACAGUGGGACUAAACAUAUUUGCCUUUUUGGCGAUUGCAGCGUAUAGCUAUCUCAAAGUACAUAACAUGCUGCCAUACGAUCAUCCCUUUAUAGGAAUUCUGCUGAUUCAUAUCCACAUGGUUACCAUUGCGACGGGUACAGUGCCGCUACCAUUCAUUAUCGCUGGAGAACUAUUUCCAUUAGAUUACAGAAGUUUAGCGGGUAGUAUAAGUGUGUUCUUCCUCUCUGGAAACUUCUUCAUAAUUCUGAAGACUGUUCCAUUUCUCUUUAAGAACAUGGGGAUACAUGGAGCAUAUGUAAUUUACGCUGCCAUUGUGGCAUAUUGUCUUGUUAUUGAGUAUUUCUUCUUACCGGAAACGAAGGACAGGACGUUGCAAGAAAUUGAAGAUGAAUUUAGAGGACGCCCGCUCUCACCAGAAGAAUUGAAGUCAACACAAUCGCUGACAGCUCAAAAGCAUAACCAAGAUAGACGGUGUAGUAGUCCAGUUAUUUGA